GUAUUGAAACAUUUGUUUCAUAAUUUUGUAUAAAUUCUCGAUGUUAAACGAUGCUUCUCAUCUUUACACGUUGUAGCCAGAUCAGGAUCAUUAAACGUUGCAGCCAGAUCAGGAUAUUAUAAGUUGGAGACAGAUCAGGAUAGAAGAUACCCUACAUCAGUAAGUCAUUCAAAUAACAGUUGGUUAUUGCCGACUUUCAAAAGAUGUUUAAAGGAUUUAUUUUAUUAACGUUUCUUGUUCCCUUCAAGACUAUUUUACCAUUAGCAUAUGGUAUAUGGUGGGCCAACGGAACACCGUAUUAUGGAAAUUGCGAUUCGCAUGCCGAGUGCCCUAAUGAUACUGCCUGUUUGAGGCCAGGCUUUGGCAGCGCUUAUGAGUCGGCACAGAAGAAAUGCUACCGAUGCUUAUGUAUGGAACAGGAACAGUGUUACUUCAAAAGUAGGCGGUUUGUUGCCUGUAAUUGUACAAAUUCUGGGUUCACAGGAUGUCACUGCCAAAGAAACAUUGACGACUGCCAGCCAAAUCCAUGCCAAAAUAAUGGCACGUGUACAGACGGUGUCAACAACUACACAUGCACGUGUCCAGAAGGGUACUCUGGUCGUAAUUGUGAAAGUUUGUUAGUGGAGACAUGCGAAGGCGAUUGGCAGUUGUUCGAAAGUAGCUGUUAUUGGCGCAGUUCAAGUACUCUUAGUUGGACUGCUGCUGAGGAUGAUUGUGUUGCUAUGGGAGGACAUCUUGUGGAGAUAACAAGUCAAUCAGAGGACGACUUCGUACAAUCACUUGGCGGAGGAGGAACUCAUAUUGGAUUAAAUGAUAUAGAUACUGAAGGCGUGCAUGUCUGGAUUUCAUCAGGAAAUCUCGCGACGUUUACAAACUGGUAUGACGGACAGCCAAGUAACAGCGGGGGUGGGGAAGACUGUGUUGAGAUACUCGGACUGGGACAAUGGAACGACAUACCUUGCUGGCUGUCGAGAGCGUACGUUUGUGAACGCCCGACCAUAUUUGUCUAAUCAAUGGUAUCGAAUGGACUUUGACAAGGACAAAUGCAAAACUACAACAUCGACAUGUAAUUUUCAAACAGAGAACCACAACUACAAAAAGAAGAUAAAUCUAAAUUUUCAACCACUCAGAGCUUCGAAUACUUGCAAACAUCACACAUGCAAGAAAUAAUUAUUACUAUACAAUCUGUUUAUUAUAUUUCAAAAACAUGAAACAUGUGUUGAACGAUGUAUUUCUGGCAAUUUGUUUUCUCCAAUAAAAUGAUAGUUUGAUGAUUAGCUUGUAAACCAAUUAUAAAUAGAACAUACAAUCAAUAAUAAAGAUAAUUAUAGUAAAUGUGUAAAUUUGAUUCAUUUGUCUACAAUUAAAGAACUUGAUUUCUCUACAAUUAAAGAACAUGUUUGAUU